AUGAUCUUCCCGUACACGACGCUACUACCCACUGUUACCGAGAAAUUGUUGAAUCAUGCAAUACCAUACAAUCCGGGUGGACUAACACAGAUGGAGCAGCGACUCGGAUGCAGUUUUGACCUGAAUCUUUAUGCGGCACAGAAGAGGAAACAGAAUCCAUUGGUAAGCUUGUGCUUAUCAUAUUGGUUUCCAAACACUGCUGGGCUUUCAGGUCUGUCAAACGAAUAG